CUCUGAGAUGGGGCUUUUGUUUGAAAUGACUUGCUUUGUACCAGCUGCUUGGAUACAGUCUCUUAGACUGAGCUGAGCCAAAGGCAGAGGCUGUUCUUCAGCUUGACUCAUUGCAUAACAAUAACUCUGUCUUCAGGAAGCCUUUGCAGAUUGUAUUCACCUGAAACUUUGACUUUUUCAACCCGUACACUGGGCAAAUGAAGCAGCCAUAGCUAUUUCUUCCAUUGGAAUACACAGAGGGGUUGCUACCCACUCCCUGCGUGGCUCCGCAGUCAAGGGCAUCAAGUCUUCCCAUUUCCCCUCCCUUCCCAUCUCUGUAGACCAUGGAUUACUAUCACCCAUAUUCAUACCACAAAUACUACCCCAUGUUCUCCUCAGGGAUCAGUCAGUACACACACUGGCCCAGUCAUUUCCUUCCUCCAAUCCAGCCCCCUUCUCAGCUGCCUGUGACCUUGGUGGUACCAAGUAUCGGUGGUCCGCAAGAAACAACAGGUCAGACGGAGUUCCACUUCUUCUACGGAUCAAUGCCGGUACAGGUGUCUGUUCCUCCCUGGCAUUACAACAAACCCUUAUGGUCUCAGCCCUUUGUGAAGCCACCACUAAGCCAGAGACUGGGCCCUGUUAAACCUAACCACAGCCAGCCCCUCACAGCGUCCUGGCCUGACACAUUCACCCUGAGGGGGGAGCUCCGAUGGGGGAGGCUGGAGAGGGUUUAUGGCCCCCGCAGGGAACUUCCAGACCUUGUCAAGGAGGACUUGCGACGGGUGUAUGGCACCUACCCCCGGACCGACGUGAGCAUCAGCUUCCAGGGCGGGGAGUUUGUGGUGCACGGAGACCCGCGGGUGGGCGAGCAGGAGUACAGAGUGGAAAAGAAAGUGGUGCGUCAGCUGGAGAGCCCUGAAGCAGAUAGUGUGAGUGUGACAGUGGAGCAAAGGAGAAAGAAGAGAGCAAAGCGUGUGAAGUAAUGAGGUAUGGAGAUAUGUUAUGGUCAUGACUACAGACUUUACAUCAGGACUUUCUGGUAGUGGGGUGACAGAAGUUUAUCAGAUGUAUGUGGAAACGGGACUGUACUCGCAGACAUAAACAUAGAAGCUGUAGCAAUAAAAAAAAUGUCUCCUUGUAAUAAAACAUUUUCUAAAACAUGACAUCUUCGGGUAAUCUUCGCUUCCCUACUGUUAAGCUCCGUGAUCACAUUUCUGCGUUGUGAACUGUUUUGUCAUUAUUUAGCGGGUGACACAGUAGCGGAGUUGCGUUUUAUACUUUUAGUUAUACUUUUUUGUCUGGUGUAAAGUUGAGAACUUCGGUUACCGGGGAGGAUUCCUUUCUGGGGGGUUUCCAUUCUAUUGUUUUAUUUCUUUGUUUAUGGAAAUUUCUGUUUUUCUCUGGCACCUGGGCUGCCCUUUGUCUGGUUAUGAACCUAAGUAGGCCUAAAUGUGCGCCGGGAGGACACGUUGUGUGUAAACGUGAUAACUCUUUUGUUUUAUUUACACUCUUAUGUUUAAAAGUUCUUCAAAGGUUGUGGAAAUGGUGUGAAGAGUUUUGGGCCUUGUUGUGAUGCCGAACUGCCGUUCUAUUGUGUUCUUUAGAGGAACACAAAUAACGUUAGUAGCCUACUGAAUUGCGGCUGCAGUAACGCUGUUUAAACCUGCAGCUGAAACUCUGAAGCCUGUGUUUUUUUCUUUAUGUUAAUUUAGUUGUUUCUGUGUGUAGGCUAAACGAAGAGGUCUUUCACCGAAGAACGUUUUUUCCCCUCCUUUUGCCGAAGCUGCAUGCUUUUCUCGAUGCGGAAGAUCCACCUUGUUUUCCCCUAAAGUGACUAUU